AUGCCGUCCACAGAGGCCAAAUUACUCUCCGACUUCCUCGUCGCGCCCGCGUCGUUGCGCGACUUCAUGACACUGCGCCAGUUCACCGACAUCUUCCCCAAAGGCCACCGCUCAAACCCCGCCGUCAAAGAACUAUAUCACGAGCUGUAUACGCUUCGAGAACGAGACAUUGAAGCCGUGCGACAGGACAUCGCGCUAGAAGUCAAACGAUCAAAGCAAUUGAGGCGCGAGUACGCCCGGGAGCGUCGUCAGGUCGACGAGGCCAAUGUAGCCGGACUGGACUCCAUUGCGCUUCAGAUGGAAGGAGAGUUCUCUGGUGCCCACGGUAGGAAACCGCACACGCUCCAGACCGUUCACGCCAGUAUUGAAAAAGCCUGCGCAAGUCUCGAAUCACAGAUUGCCCGAAUCGAGCUGGAGAAUCAUGCUGCCUUGGUUGAGGUCCAGGACACUAUCAGCGCGCUUAGUGACCUACGAAAAGGGACCUUCCCGCAGACGGCGGGUGGAGAAGACAUCGGCGAGGAAGUGCUCGCUACGCUGAAGAGGCUUGAGGCUGUGUGUGCAAGAUCAGCAGGAUGA